CUUGGGCAAAUGGUGAACAGAGCAGGCUGGUUUUCAGUACAGACAAUAAGAGUCCACGCAAAUAUUCAUGAAAAAGCUUCAGCUUUUGUCUCAAAGCGAGUGAAAGCCUCUUCCUCUUCAACAAUGUACCUCUCGAACCUCAACAAACCCAAUCUGCAAACAUGGAGGCCCAGUGUGGAGGUGCCUCAGAGGACAAUACCCGUUUGUCAACAACCAGUCAAGGAUAUGUUUUGCCAGAAGGAAAGAUCAUGCCAAACACAGUAUUUGUUGGUGGAAUUGAUAUAAGGAUGAAUGAAGCAGAAAUUCGGAGUUUCUUUGAACGAUAUGGUGCUGUGAAAGAGGUGAAAAUAAUUACUGACAGAACUGGUGUUUCCAAAGGGUAUGGAUUUGUAUCUUUCCUGGACAACGUGGAUGUUCAGAAAAUAGUAGAAUCGCAAAUUAACUUCCACGGCAAAAAGCUGAAACUGGGGCCAGCGAUUAGAAAGCAACAAAACUUAUGUUCUUACGUGCAUCCCAGACCAUUAGUCUUCAAUCCUCCUGUACCACAGUUCCAUAGUGUAUGGGGAAAUCAAAAUACAGAGACAUACAUGCAGCCUCCAGCUGUAAUGAGCCCAGUAACCCAGUAUGUUCAGACAUACCCAUACUGUUCACCAGCUGUAUUGAUACAGCAGCAGGUUCCUGUGGGUUAUCAGCCAGCCUACAACUACCAGGUUCAACCACAGUGGCUUGCUGGGGAGCAAAGAAACUAUGUUAUGCCUCCGGUUUAUACUUCAGUAAGCUACCACUGCACUGAGGAUCCAGAAUUUAUACAGACAGAAUGUGCUGUUCCAGAGCCCACACAGUUGUCUACUCAUAGUCCACAAAAGUCUGUGGACAGGAGCAUACAAACAGUAGUAUCCUGUCUGUUUAAUCCUGAGAACCGUCUGAGGAGCACUGUUGUAUCUCAAGAAGACUACCCUAAGGAGAGGAAAGCACAUCACUUCAGAAAAGGAAGAGCAGUACUCAAAAGUAUUUGAUCAAUGAAGGCAGAUGAAAGUGCUUGAUCAACAAAAGCUUCAAAGUAUCUAAAUUCAUUGACUUGAUGUUACUACAGUUCAGUUUGGCAAUGCAGUAUGAUGUUUUUCAGAAGGUUGCUUCAAGUUGAAGUUUGUGUUUUGUUCUGCCUGUUUCAAUACAGUUGGCUUUACUUGAGUAGUUUGAAGUUUAAAGUUGUAAUAGUUGACAAACUUCCAUGUUUUAUUAAUUGUUUGCAUG